AUGUGGUAUUUUCAUGUGUCAUUUCAUGAAAUUUCUCCCAUAGAAGGUCUAAAUGAGGUUCGGCCUGCAGUGUAUCAAGCUGCUCUAAAGCUUCGCGCAUUACAAAAACUAUGUCAGAUGCACCUGGUGGCACUGCAGGAUUUGUGCCCAGUUCUAAAUACUUUGUCCAGGUCUGGGGAACCAGUGAUUAGUCUUGCUCAAGAAGAUGUACAGCAGCAUCUAGAAGAGCUAUUCCAGAGCAUUUCAUAUAAACUUCCUGGUGAGGCAGUACCUGAAGCCACAGAUCAAACCACUAGGCUUCUCUUUAAACUGUUUGACAGAGAGCAAACUGGUGUUAUUCUGCUCAGGUCAGUGGAGGCCGCACUGAUCACCCUCUGUGGAGACACUCUCUCAGCUAAACAGAGAGCUCUGUUCCAACUGGUUGAGAGCUAUAGUGGGUAUCAGGAGAGUGACAGGGGCUCCAUCAGUCGAACUGCACUCAAAAUCCUGCUGGAAGACGUCAGUCAGGUCCAUAGGUAUCGCUGUUUGAAAUGCCUGAACGUACACCUGUGCCAAAGCUGCUUUCUGACUGAGAGACACAGCAGGAAACACAAGCCCUCUCAUCCUGUACUGGAGUACUGUACUCAGCCAUCCUGGAAGGAGUCAAUGGCGUCACUUGCCUCCAGCGCUCGACACGCUUUGGUACCUCUACACACUCGGAGAGAAGCAGAGAGGAAGAGAGCCCUGAGAGCAGGCUCCAUUGCAGAGCUGCAAUACAGUGCCCCUUCUCCAGUGCUGCAGUGCUCCAGUGUAGCAGAUCCAGACACGCAUAAUGCUCCUGAAACAGGUCUGACUGCCACCCCUCCUGUGGUUACUGUAGAGUCGAAAUGCCUGCAGACAGAAGAGACCGAGAUUCCUCAAAUUUUGAGUCUGAGGGAUAGAGAUCAGCUCAGAAUUGACUUUCAUUCCCAUUCAAACCUUCAACCAGAACAUGAUGGCAGCAUUAGUGAGAACGACUGGACACAACCAGGGUGUUUAAAACCUCAAGACAGCUCCAGUGGAGAAGAGCAUGUUAAGGAGGGGAGAGAAGCAUAUCAGGUAGGAAGAACAGAAAUGGAUGAGGAGACUCUUUAUGAGGUAUCAGAAGGCGUCUCCACAAAUUUGGAUGACACAGAAGAGGAUGUCCAUACGGUUUCAGAGCAGCAAGAGGAAGUUGAGGAGGAAGGGCUACAGGUGGAACAGGAGGAAUUACUGCAUGAAAGACAAGAUAAAUCUUUACUUAAUCAAUCCGUGUCUGAUUUAGCUCUGGAAGAGCAUUCAGACUCAGAUGAUUCAGAGAUGGAGGAGGAAGAGGAACUUUGUGAGCUUGUACAGCGACUUCGAAAUGAGCUUUCUCUAUAUACAGCCACAGGGUCAGUCUGUCUGCAGAAAGAAAAGCUAAUGACGGCAGCAGAGGGAGUCAGAGAUUCUGUUUCUCAUCUUGUCACUUCUGUGAGGACCACCAUUUUGGCAUGAUGGCAGCCAACCAUCAGUAGGAAAAUAACUUACCCUUACUUGCAACUACUACAAGCCAAAAUCCAUCUCUCGUUCCAUCACAAGGUUAAUCAUA